GCGCCGCGCGGGGCUGGGCUCGGAGCGCGCGGAGCUCGGCUGCCAGAGAGCCGCGCGGGGGACGCGCCGGGACCGCGAGGAGCGCACGAGCCUUCGAGGCGGUGAACGAGGGAGGGAGCCCAGUCCGCCGCGGGCCAUGAGCCACCGGGCCCGGGGAGCCCGGCCGCGGUCCGGGCAGCGCUCAGCCGGCGCCCCAGCCCGCUCGGCCGCAGCUGCGCGCCUGUAGCCGCAGGUGGCUGCGAUGGGACGGAAGCCAUGAAUGGUGCCGGCCCUGGCCCCGCCGCAGCCGCCCCGGUCCCGGUCCCGGUCCCGGACUGGCGGCAGUUCUGCGAGCUGCAUGCGCAGGCGGCCGCCGUGGACUUUGCGCACAAGUUCUGCCGUUUCCUGCGGGACAACCCAGCCUACGACACGCCCGACGCCGGCGCCUCCUUCUCCCGCCACUUCGCCGCCAACUUCCUGGACGUCUUCGGCGAGGAGGUGCGCCGCGUGCUGGUGGCUGGGCCGACGACUCGGGGCGCGGCCGUGAGCGCGGAGGCCAUGGAGCCGGAGCUCGCGGACACCUCUGCACUCAAGGCGGCGCCCUACGGCCACUCGCGGAGCUCGGAGGACGUGUCCACGCACGCGGCCACCAAGGCCCGCGUUCGCAAGGGCUUCUCGCUGCGCAACAUGAGCCUGUGCGUGGUGGACGGCGUGCGCGACAUGUGGCACCGGCGCGCCUCGCCCGAGCCCGACGCGGCAGCUGCCCCGCGCACCGCCGAGCCCUCCGCCGAGCCCCGCGACAAGUGGACGCGGCGCCUGAGGCUGUCGCGGACGCUGGCUGCCAAGGUGGAGCUGGUGGACAUUCAACGCGAGGGGGCGCUGCGCUUCAUGGUGGCCGACGACGCGGCCGCGGGCUCCGGGGGCUCGGCUCAGUGGCAGAAGUGCCGCCUGCUCCUGCGCAGGGCUGUGGCCGAGGAACGCUUCCGCCUGGAGUUCUUCGUGCCGCCCAAGGCCUCCAGGCCCAAGGUCAGCAUCCCACUGUCAGCCAUCAUUGAGGUCCGCACCACCAUGCCCCUGGAAAUGCCAGAGAAGGAUAACACAUUCGUCCUCAAGGUAGAGAAUGGAGCCGAAUACAUCUUGGAGACCAUCGACUCUCUGCAGAAGCACUCGUGGGUAGCUGACAUCCAGGGCUGCGUGGACCCCGGUGACAGUGAGGAAGACACCGAGCUCUCCUGUACCCGAGGAGGCUGUCUGGCCAGCCGUGUGGCCUCCUGCAGCUGUGAGCUCCUGACUGAUGCAGUCGACCUGCCCCGCCCCCCAGAGACGACAGCUGUGGGUGCAGUGGUGACAGCCCCCCACAGCCGAGGUCGAGAUGCCGUCAGAGAAUCCCUGAUCCACGUCCCGCUAGAGACCUUUCUGCAGACCCUGGAAUCCGCGGGCGGCAGCGGCAGUGACAGCAAUAACACAGGGGAACAGGGUGCAGAGACGGAUCCCGAGGCUGAACCCGAGCUGGAGCUAUCCGACUACCCAUGGUUCCACGGGACACUGUCCCGGGUCAAGGCUGCUCAACUGGUUCUGGCAGGGGGGCCCCGGAACCACGGCCUCUUCGUGAUCCGCCAAAGUGAGACUCGGCCUGGGGAGUACGUGCUGACCUUCAACUUCCAGGGCAAGGCCAAGCACCUGCGCCUGUCCCUGAACGGCCACGGCCAGUGUCACGUACAGCAUCUGUGGUUCCAGUCUGUGCUUGACAUGCUCCGCCACUUCCACACACACCCCAUCCCACUGGAGUCAGGGGGCUCGGCCGACAUCACCCUUCGCAGCUAUGUGCGGGCCCAGGGCCCCCCACCAGAGCCGGGCCCCACGCCCCCUGCCGCGCCCGCGUCCCCGGCCUGCUGGAGCGACUCGCCCGGCCAGCACUACUUCUCCAGCCUCGCCGCGGCCGCCGGCCCGCCUGCCUCGCCCUCCGACGCCGCCGGCGCCUCCUCGUCUUCCGCCUCGUCGUCCUCUGCCGCGUCGGGGCCCGCCCCCCCGCGCCCCGUCGAGGGCCAGCUCAGCGCGCGGAGCCGCAGCAACAGCGCCGAGCGCCUGCUGGAGGCCGUGGCCGCCACCGCCGCCGAGGAGCCCCCGGAGGCCGCGCCCGGCCGCGCGCGCGCCGUGGAGAACCAGUACUCCUUCUACUAGCCCGCGGCGCCGCCCGGGUGGGACACGCCAAGCUCUUCAGUGAAGACACGAUGUUAUUAAAAGCCUGUUUUAGGGACUGCA